CAUAACUUUUGAUUUGCGGAUGCAUCCAGGUUUCUACUCAAGAAAAUUCUUAUAGUUUCUAAUGAUGAUGGAACUGGCAUCAACUCGUUCUGAGAAUUUUUCCCACUCAUAUCUUCUAUCAAUUUCUUUUCUCACAAUUCUAAAUAGAGGAGUAUUUUUAGGAGGAUAUGUAUUCGCCUCACCACUGACGUCAUACUUAAACAACCUGCCAUAGUAGUCAGCCACGAGAGGUGUUUGCCACUCCCACUGAAAGCAACAAAGAAACUACAAACAAUAAAGCCCAAAAUAGUAAACAACAUCAGCGACGAAGACGAUGACAACAACGACAAUAACAACAUUAAUAUUAGUAUGAACUGCGACAACUCCAACAACAACAACAACAGUGCUAACUAAACAACAGCAACAAUAAUAGUGUAAUCAGUAUCAGCAAUAAUGCUAUCAGCAAUGGCGUUGAUAGCUUAAGCGGCAACAACAAUAACAGAUAUUAGCAGCAGCUGCCACAGGUAAAAAAUCAACAACAUUAGUACGAGAUUUCACCAAGACACCUGAAGAAGGCUGGAGGGUAUACCAGCAGGAACGUGUUAACAACAAACAAGAUGAGGACAAAUAUCAGUCAAAUAUAAAUAAUAUUAAUCUACGCUUCAAAAUGUUUCAUCAAUUCAAAUUGACUUUUGUGUUGGUAUUCUAUAUGAGUUUCUGUCUGGAGUCUCAAGCUGUUUCAGUCAUUUGCAGGAUAUGCGAAUGUCGAAAUUCUCAGACAAAUAUAGUUUGUUUAUCUCGGGGACUGACUUCGGUCCCGCAACCCAUUCCAUCGAAUGUUGAAUAUUUGAAUUUGGUAUCUAACAACAUCAAAGAAAUAAAAUCAGGAACUUUCCAAAAUCUUUCCAAUUUAACAUCUCUGAUUUGGGGAUUGAACGAUAUCAAAGAAAUCAAAGCAGAAACCUUCCAAAAUCUUUCCAGUUUAAAAUUUCUGUAUUUGGGUUUUAAUCAUAUCAAAGAGAUCAAAGUAGAAACAUUCCAAAAUCUUUCCAAUUUAAGAAUUCUAGAUUUGAGAGAUAAUGACAUCAAUGAAAUCAAAGCAGACACUUUUCGAAAUCUGUCCAGUUUAGAAUAUCUAUCCUUACAGUCGAAUGAUAUCAAAGAAAUCAAAGCAGAUACCUUCAGAAAUCUGUCCAGUUUAGAAUAUCUAUCUUUGGGUGCUAAUCAUAUCAAGGAAAUCAAAGCAGACACCUUCCAAAAUCUGUCCAGUUUAACACGACUUACGGAAUACAGGAGAACUCCUUCACUCUGCAUUGGAUGUUGUAAAGGAUGGACUGGCAGGCCUGGAAAGUGCAGAGAUAUAGACAAAUGUAGAUGGAUCGAUCGAUGUGGUAGACACGGUAGAUGCUAUAACACACUAGGAUCUUACAGAUGUUUAUGUAAUCGAGGAUAUCGUUGGGACGGGAAGACAUGUGUUGACAUCAAUGAAUGCGCAAGUAUAGCUUUAAGGAAAUAUUACAAGUGUUAUAACACACCAGGUUCUUUUUAUAUUGCUUGCAUGGAAGGCUUUGAAGAGAUCAAGAAGUCCUGUAUUGACAUAAACGAAUGCUUACAGAGUAACCCAUGUGGUACAAACGGUAGAUGCUAUAACGCACUAGGAUCAUACAGCUGUUUCUGUUAUCGAGGAUAUCGUUGGGACAAGAAAACAUGUGUCGACAUCAAUGAGUGUGCAACUAUACAUACAAGGCCGCCUUACAAGUGUUCCAACACGCCAGGUUCUUUUAAUAUUGGCUGCAUCGUAGGCUUCCAAAAGAUCAAUGACAAAUGUAUAGACAUAAAUGAAUGCUUACAGAGUAACCCAUGUGGUACAAACAGUAGAUGCAAUAACACAAGAGGAUCUUACAGUUGUUUAUGUAAUCAAGGAUAUCGUUGGGAUGGAAGAACAUGUGUUGACAUCAAUGAGUGUGCAAGUAUACGUUUAAUGCCUCCUUAUAUGUGUUACAACACACCGGGUUCGUAUUAUAUUGGCUGCAUGGAGGGCUUCCAAAAGAUCAAGGAAAAAUGUAUAGACAUCAAUGAGUGUGCAAGUAUACGUUUAAUGCCUCCUUAUAUGUGUUACAACACACCGGGUUCGUAUUAUAUUGGCUGCAUGGAGGGCUUCCAAAAGAUCAAGGAAAAAUGUAUAGACAUCAAUGAGUGUGCAACUAUACGCUUAAUGCCUCAUUACAAGUGUUACAACACACCGGGUUCUUUUUAUAUUACCUGCAUGGAAGGCUUCGAAAAGAUCAAUGAAAAAUGCGUAGGAGUCCUUGUCCUACUCAUGCCACAUGUUACAACUACCCAGGGUCUUACCUUUGUAAAUGUGGACGAGGUUACCGAUAUGGCUAUAACAAAUGUCUUGACAUUGGCACCAACUGAAAGCUAAACCAAAAGCGAGUCAAGAUAAAUAGAAUCUUUCUCAUUAGUUCUUUUAAGCUAUUUUCCUCAAUCGCAGCUGUCAUGGAAUCUAAACGACAUCUACAACAACAAAUAUAUCGACUAUUACUAUCUACUAUAUCAUCCAUUAUAUAAUGUUCUCCUAGAUACACACAGUCUAAUUCCUCACUACCUGGUAAUAAAACAACUACCACCGACUCACACAGGACAUUGGUAACUUGAUUACCGGUCAAUAUAAAAACGUUCACAACGGGACAUCUCUGUAGAGUAACCUCCAUAGCAAGUCGUCUUCUCUUUGGGUGGCCUCCAUACGACUCUAUAUUGCGUGACCACCACAUCAGGUUAUCAUAAGACAAGAUCCUGCGAUGACAAUCUCAUCAUUACACUGUCACGUAUAGAUUAAAUCAUUGCUACGUAUAUUUUGAGUGUUUAUUAAUUAGUUAACUUUAUUAAAUUAGUUAAAUGAAUAAAAAUGUAAUAAAAA